UUUUUAAGGGAAAUUCCAAAAAAUCAGUCGCCUAAAAUGGAAAACAAAAAACUUGUUUGUCUAAUAAUUCUCUUUGCAAUAAAUUUACUUAAUUAUAUGGACAGGUUUACAAUUGCAGGAGUCUUAAACGAUGUCAUUAAAUUCUACAAUAUUGACGAUAAAAUGGCUGGAUUCCUUCAAACUGUGUUUAUCAUCUUUUUUAUGUUGUUUGCCCCAAUUUGUGGGUGUUUGGGGGAUCGAUUUAAUCGAAAAAUAAUAAUUUUAAUUGGAGAAAUUGUUUGGGUACUGGCAGUUUUUGCUUCUUCUUUUAUUCCUCAAAAUCACUUUGCUUCUUUCGUUAUUUUACGUGGAAUUGUUGGGAUUGGAGAAGCUUCCUAUGCCGUUGUUGCCCCAACUUUUCUUGCUGAUAUGUUUGGGGGAAAGACGCGAAGUCGUGUUUUGAUGUUUUUUUAUUUUGCUAUUCCUGUUGGAAGCGGUCUAGGCUAUGUAAUAGGCUCUUAUGUUGCAUCAAUAGCAAAAGCUGGAAGGACAGACUGUGUGGACUGUUGGCAAUGGGGAAUUAGGGCAACCCCUAUAUUCGGUAUCGCAACAAUUAUUGCAUUGAUUUUUGGAGUGGAUGAACCGGUUCGUGGACAAGCAGACCAGGAAGAGAGUGGGCGGACAAAUGGACAAACUGAAAGCAACAAUCUAAAUAAUCGUGUUAAUUCUUCAACACCUGCCAACGAGGAUAUAACCACUACAGCCCCAACAUCAUUCAAAAAUAAAUUGUCUAAUAUUUAUCAAGAUUUGGUUUAUUUAAUUGAAAACCAAACAUUUAUUUGGUCAACAAUAGCUUAUACGGCCGUUGUUUUUUCGACUGGGACUUUGACUUGGUGGGCACCCGCAGCUAUAGAGGAAGCAAUUGCUUGGCAUCAUAAUAUUACAAAUGCAACUGCCGUAACAGACACAGAACACGUUGCUUUGACUUUUGGAGGAAUAACUUGUGCUGGUGGAAUCAUUGGAGUGGCUGUGGGAACUGUUGCUUCUAUGGCUUGGAAACGUGGAAUAAGCUGUUUCUCUGGAUAUUCUAAUCAACGAGCAGACCCUUUAGUUUCUGCUAUUGGCUCUUUUCUGGCAACUCCUUUACUUUUUUUGUCAAUUAAAUUAAUUGAUUUAAAUUUUAUUUUUCUUGCUUGGUUAUUACUUUUUCUAACAAUUGUGUCUCUUUGCUUGAAUUGGGCAGUUAAUGUGGAUAUGUUAAUGGCUAUUAUCGUUCCACAUCGUCGAGGUAUUGCAAGUGCUGUUCAAAUUCUUAUAUCACAUGCAUUUGGAGAUGCUAGUGGACCUUGGAUUGUUGGGGCAAUUUCUGAUUCUGUUCGAGGAGAGGAUAAAACUCCAGAAGCCCAUUUCCAUUCAUUAGUUAUUGCAUUCUAUCUGCCAAAUGUUUUAUUAUUUUUGAGUGGAGUAGGCUUCCUUUUGGCUGCCUAUACAUUACCUAAGGACUUAAAACUGGCUGAAGAUUGGAGAACAAAUAGGCGAGGGACAGGUGGUUCUGCACAAUUGACAGGGGUUACACAAACAGGUAAAAGGAAAUUUUUGACAAUAAUUAUAAUAGUUAACUUCUCUCAAGAAUAG